UAGGCCACGUGUUUAGUUUAGUUACGGCUGAAUAAACUCUGCUAACACUAGCGAUAACCAUAGACUUUAUAUAAAUAACUUACCACCGAGGAAAUGCCAAGAAACGGGUUAGUGUUCGGGAUCCAGAGGAUCUUCAGCGCUGAGGAGCGACUGAACUCCACUGCGAGUCCGUUCGAUCAUCUUCGGCAGCAGAUGGAUGAUGUCCUGGGAGAUGGAGGGAUCCUGAAAGAGGUGGUCCAACCUGGAGAGGGCCCACCUGUACCUGAAAAUGCUUCAGUAUUGAUCCAUUACUCUGGCUUCCUGGAAUAUUCUGACCGGCCUUUUGAAACCACCACAAACCUCAAGUACCCGCGGAUGAUGAAGUUGGGGAGAGAUGUGACUCUGGCUGGCCUGGAGCUGGGGCUGCAGACCAUGCGGAAAGGAGAGUUCUCUCGUUUCCUCCUGCAGCCCCAGUAUGCAUACGGGGACAUGGGCUGUCCUCCGUUAAUUCCCUCUGCAGCGGUGGUUCUGUACGAGGUUCAGAUCCUCGACUACCUCGACUCAGCACAAGUGGAUGACUUCAUCGCGAUGUGCCCGGAGGAGCAGAACACAGUUCCUCUGUCCACACUUCUCGAGGUUGUCACCACACUACGCAGCUUUGGCAACCGUUGCUUCAACCAGAGCCGCUAUGACAACGCCAAAGAUCGCUACAAACAGGCAACAACGCUGCUGGGAAACAGGGAAGCGCAGAGCGCUGCAGAGACAGAGCGGAUCAAGGCAGCGCUGCUUCCUCUCUAUCUGAACCUUUCUCUCACUGAGCUCCGCCUGGACAGCCCGCGCAAAGCCCUCAAAUAUGGCAACAAAGCCUUAGAGAUAGACUCCGCCAACACAAAGGCUCUCUUCCGCUGUGGUCAGGCGUAUCUGGAGCUGCAGGAGUACGAGAGCGCCCAGGACUGCCUCAUAUCUGCUCAAGCAAGGAAACCGUUUGACAGUGACAUCAACAACCUGCUGAGGAAAGUGGCGAUGUGCUAUAAAGACUGCUUGGACAAACAGAAAGACCUGUACUCCAAGAUGUUCAGAGGCUUGAGGAGCAAGUGAAGAUGUUAAAAUGAGUAAAAAAGAGAUGAUAGUGUGAAGAACAAGCUUCCAAGUGUCAGCAGCUAUUUUUUCUGCACUACUGUGAAUUCUAAAAGUUAAACCUUUUGUGUCUUUGUGUGUCAUAAAAGGAAGUAUUGUACAGAUGCAUGAUUAAUUUCCUAUAAAAUCUGUUAAGUUCUGUAAAAUCCUUUAAAUGUUUGUAAAUAACGUAGCUGAAAAUAUUUGCAUGAAAAGUCACGUAAACAUAAGUGGCUGAGUUUUCUAUAAAGUUGCUACGUUUCCUUCAAGUCUGUUGAAAAAGACUUACAUAUUUGCAUGGGGACUGAUCUAUCCUGGGGUGAUAAUAACAAAAAAUAAAAAAAUAUUUUUCACU